GCGCCGUGAGACUGAGAUCAAGCACGGCCGUGUGGCUAUGUUCGCCACCAUGGGCUACAUUGUGCCGGAGUACUACAAGUUCGAUGGCUACCUGUCCCCAUCCAUGGACCUGAAAUUCGCCGAUGUGCCAAACGGCUUGAAGGCACUCUCCGUGGUGCCCAAGGAGGGCUGGGCUCAGAUGCUUGCCUUCGCCGGCUUCCUUGAGUUGGUUGUGAACAAGAAGUCAUCUGAGCCAGGCAACUACGGCAAGGGCAACUUUGGCCUCGGCAACGUUGGAUUUGGCAAUUCCAUCCAGGAUCCUGCCAAGAGGAACAGGCAGCUCAGUGCUGAACUCGCAAACGGACGGUUGGCGAUGAUGGCCAUCAUGGGCAUGUUGCUUGACGCUUUACUUGCCCAUUGA